CUGGUCACUGGGUUUACCCUUCCAAAGGUUACUGAGUCAUGGGUAACCAGCAGAGGGGAGUGCCAGAGCUGAGUAACCACGGUGGAAUGUGGCCUUUGGCUACUGGUACUGCCCCAGGUCACUUAAGUGGCAGUUCCCUCCCAGAAUCCCACCCGUGCCAUGAGGAACCGCUGCUGCUGGCCGAACUCAAGCCCGGGCGCCCCCACCAGUUCGAUUGGAAGUCGAGCUGUGAAACCUGGAGUGUCGCCUUCUCUCCAGAUGGCUCCUGGUUUGCUUGGUCGCAAGGACACUGCAUUGUCAAGCUGAUCCCCUGGCCGCUGGAGGAGCAGUUCAUCCCUAAAGGGUUUGAAGCCAAAAGCCGAAGCAGCAAAAAUGAUACAAAAGGGCGAGGCAGCCCGAAGGAGAAGACUCUGGACUGUGGGCAGAUUGUGUGGGGUUUGGCCUUCAGCCCGUGGCCUUCUCCGCCCAGCAGGAAGCUCUGGGCACGCCACCAUCCCCCAGGGCCAGACGCCUCCUGCCUGAUCCUCGCGACGGGGCUCAACGAUGGGCAGAUCAAGAUCUGGGAGGUGCAGACAGGGCUCCUGCUUUUGAAUCUUUCCGGCCACCAAGAUGUUGUGAGAGAUCUGAGCUUCACACCCAGCGGCAGUUUGAUUUUGGUCUCUGCGUCUCGGGACAAGACUCUGCGCAUCUGGGACCUGAAUAAACAUGGUAAACAGAUUCAGGUGUUGUCGGGCCAUCUGCAGUGGGUUUACUGCUGCUCCAUCUCCCCGGACUGCAGCAUGCUUUGCUCUGCAGCUGGAGAAAAGUCGGUAAGUCUCACACAUCAGGUGUUAUUUCCUCUGUUGUGUUGGUUCGGCAAGCCCUGGAGGUGUUAUAGUCGCCUUGUGUGUGAGAGGGUAAGUAAGCCCUCAAACCCUGUGUAACAGGUGGAUCCACCC